AUGACGCAAACACGACGACAAAAUUCGCAGUCAUUUGGGAGGCGAAAAAUAUCCUGGACAAUCCUGAUAACAUUCAUGUCGUUGUGUACGAUUGCGCCAAAAUGGCACAAAACUGUGGAGAAUGCCAUGAGCUACACGAAAAAUACGGCUGCGGUUGGUGUCAAGAAAGCAAGUCAUGUACAGUGCGUUCCAACUGUCCAAUUUGGAUUGAUCGAACCCAUAUCUGUCCUGAUCCCGAAAUAAUGCAAUUUUAUCCAAAUACAGGACCUUUGGAGGGGGGUACUAAUAUUACCAUUGAAGGCGAAAACUUCGGAAAAAUGUUCGAGGAUAUUGAGCAAGGCGUUCACAUCUCGCUGGAGAUGGUCAACGGGUCCUCUCUUGACGUUCCAUGCGUCCCAUACCAAGAAUUGUAUGUGAGAGGUUCAAGAAUUGUAUGCAGAAUUCAAAGACCCGAGAACAUGACACUGGCAACGUCUGGCCCUGUUGUUGUAAGUGUUCAGGACCAGUUUAAAGCACGAUCCAAGCAAAAAUAUACCUUCGUCGACCCCACAAUCGUCUCAAUAACUCCGGACAAAGGACCAAAAUCCGGAGGCACAGAUAUUGAAAUUCGAGGAGCUUUCCUCAAUACUGGCAGCACAGCGGAAAUCUCUGUGGGCGGUGUGCCGUGUCAUUUAACCGAGCGGCAAGACGCUUUAUUGACAUGUAGGACUUCUCAAGCACCCAUGGCUGGACGAGAACGGCUUGUGGUAAAAUUUGACGACGGUUUGAGAGAGCUUCGAGAGUACAUGUUCACGUUUGUAGAAGACCCCGUCAUUGAUUCGGUAGAGUCUGCCAUUGCGGGAACUCCAGCACGCGGAAUCCCCAGCGGAGGACUGACGGUGAAUGUUAAAGGACGGAAUUUGGACGUCGUACGAGAACCUGCUUUGUACGUAACGGUGGACUCGCAAAGGCAUUAUGGGAAAUGUGUCCCGGAGUCGCCCCAGCACCUGAAGUGUCGGAGCCCCGUAGUUUCCAAAGAAAACCUUCACUUUGAAGAGGAUCCCGCCAUUCCCUUGGAACUGGAGUACGGUGUUCGUAUGGACGCAGCUGAAAGCGGACAGAAUCUGGUGGCGAACAGAGGCUUCAAACCAUUCCAGAUGUUUCGCGAUCCAUUAUACCUUCCUUUUUCUGAAGAUGGACACGUUAAAGAGUUCAAGAGUGACUACCUGACGAUCGCAGGAGAUAACCUAGAUCGGGCAUCUGAAUUUGAUGAUGUGGUUGUUCGAGUCGGAACAGCCCUCUGCAACGUUACAUCGUUGUCACGAACACAACUGACGUGCCGACCCCCUAAAGAGCAACCAGCCGGACUGGAUGAGAGCGGAAAUCCAGACACGACGCAACUUCCAGUCGUCGUCGUUGAAGUCGGUGAUCGCCUAUCGUUCGUCAUUGGGAAGUUGAACUACACAAACCUGGGAAUACCUGUUACCACGGACACAGAUGCUGGUGCCCAUAAUAUCACGUCCGCAAAUGUUACCGACCUCAAUGUGGAGUGACGAACCCAAACAUAUUUUGUCGAAGUAUUUUUUUUCAUGAGGGGACCAUUUUGGAUUUGUUAAAUAAACAAAAUGUCAUUUCUAGUACAAUAAUUGUUUUUGGUGAGGAGGUAGUUUAC